UCACACCUCCACACUCCAACAAGCGGAUGUGUUUUACUUUGCCUUUUCUCGCACUUUCUGACUUUCCUCCUCUACGUAUGACCGAUUGUCUUUCAGCGGCUGCUUCUGUAUUUUACAUCUGUGAUUAGUGGCCUAAUUAUCUGCCACUUUUCUUUCCUGUGUUGCUGUGAGGUUCAACUUGUUGUAGCUCAGUUAUAACACAUACUUUUGUUGGAGUUUAAAGUCGGUCUUUUCGACACGGUGACGUCUCACAGGCAGCAGCCGACAUCCGCCCGUUAAAGAUUGGGGUGGCUGACAAGAAGACCAUCCAAAUUCAUUGAUAAACAUUGGGACCGGCAGAUUGAUGGUCAAUGAGAGGACUGAAGAGAAAUACCCUGAGCUGACCAUGCUGCUACUGAGAGCAAGAGGAAGGAAGUGAGAUGAGCCAAGAUGGCCUAAAGAACCAAGAGGUUGCGUAAGUCAUCCGCUGGAGAGGUGCGGGCUGCAUGCGAGACCUUUGAGACAACAUCGAUCAGUUCAGUUCACUGAGAGCAACUCUACUUGUUUCAUCAGUGAAUGUCUGAGCAUAGCCUGUGAUGAAAACUGCCAGCAGUGUACGAAAGCACAGCCCACACUUGAGGACCUUACAUCCUGCUAACCUGACAGAAAAACCUUGACUUUUUCUUUGAGGAACCCAAGACAACCUGAGAGGUUUGUUAAUCAACGAUAACCAUGAACGGCCUGACUGAACUGUCCGUGAAGUGUGUUCUGGUCGGGGACUGCGCGGUUGGCAAGACGGCUCUACUGGUCCGCUUCACCUCCGAGACGUUCCCAGAUUCGUACAAGCCCACCGUGUUUGAAAACACUGGUGUUGAGGUGUACAUGGACGGGGUCCAGAUCAGCCUCGGACUGUGGGACACGGCGGGCAAUGACAACUUCAAGCAGAUCCGGCCGAGAUCGUACCAGCAGGCCGAUGUCGUCCUUAUGUGCUACUCAGUGGCCAACCCCAACUCCCUGGCCAGCAUCCAGCGCAAGUGGAUUGCCGAGGUCCGAGAGAACCUGCCCAGGGUGCCAGUGCUGGUGGUGGCCACUCAGACGGACCUGAGGGAGGUGGGAGUUCAUCGGGGCAGCUGCAUCUCACCGGCGGAGGGGAAACGUGUGGCCCAAGAGGUGCACGCUAAGGGCUACCUGGAGUGCUCUUCCUUGAGUAACCGCGGCGUACAGCAGGUGUUUGAGUACGCUGUGAGGACAAUUUUUAACAAGCACAAGAAACGGGAAAGGAGACGCUUGUUCAGCAUGAACCAGUGCAAAGUGUUUUGACCGUUGACUUUGAUCUUGUUGCCGUGUUUUUUUUCUCCAGAUAUGCUGUUCAAACUCAGUCAGCCAUGACGAGAUGUAAGGACCCAAACAUGACUUCCUGACAUACUAGGCUGUACUUCACUAAUAACCCCCCCAAAAAUCAAACAUAUUUAAACUGAGAACACUGAAAUUUUUUUUACGUCACUGACCGAGAAACCAGCAUGUGGGGUGGACACUUUUCUUCAGGGAUCAAGUCACAAAUGUUUGUUCUUGUAGUAUAUCAAACAGAAUAUUGUUUUUUGUAUUUAAAGAGAAAAGGUUGUUUUUGUCUCAGUCUAGGAUUUACUUUAGUAGGUGAACUUUUUUUAAAUUGAAAUUUUAAAGAAAUAUGCUUCUCUACUACCACAAAUACAUUAAAGCAGCAUUUUUUGGAUAUGGUUUCAUGAAGCCAGAACAAUGUCAUUCCAGAUAUUUCUAAAUCAGGUUUAAUGAAAUUCUAGGUCCCUUACCAUUACUAUGUGAUUGCGUGUGUCAGAAAUCAUUUAAAUUAUGUUGGAAAUAGAUUUUAGCUAAGAAAGCAAAAUGAGCCUUUUGUCGAGUACAUUUUAUAAUUUUGUUUCUAGAGAAAUGUUUUGUCAGGUGGCCUAAAAAUAAAAUGUUUUCAUAAAUACAUCUUAAAGCCCAAAAAAAUUCAUAUUUUUGGCAGACUAGGGUUUAAAGUAAUGUUUUGUUUUUUCGAACAUGUUACGUCUUAAUCGAAGCAAUUAUAUCGUUUUGGAGUGGCCUAGUCAGAGUUCUGACUUGUCCUCAGAAUCUGAAGGGGAGCUAAAGAUUAGGGUGAUGGCAAAGAGGCCCACCGGCCUCAGAGAUCAGGAGCUUAAAACUAGAGAUAAUUCAUCAAAAUACCAGAGGAGACUUAAAAGUAAUAUAUAUAAUUUACAGCACACCAUUUUUAAAUAAAACAUUGAAACAGGUGAACAAUUUUUUUUAUUGAUACUCCUUUUCCAUGGUUUUGUUAUCUUUUGUGAAAUGUCCGUCUCAUUUACGAUCAUUGACAAACUUCUCGGUUAAAAGAAAAUCAUUUUAAAUCUAAACAUGCCAGAGGUGCUAAUAUUUUUGAGCUGUAAAUAAAAAAGUAUUAUGUUUUUUAAAAAUAAUUUUACAUAAGUUCUGAACCAGCUAAAGAAUAAAGGGAAAAAAGUGUUUCUUUUUAGAAACAUUUAUCUAUUCAGUUAUUUAUGAAAAUGACAUGAAAAACCACAAGCAUAAGAUUUGUGAUAUAUUUAAUUUUCUUUCUAAUGUUCAAAUUUCUUCAUGUCUUCAUGAAACAAGUGACAAGCUAAAACUUGUCACUAAGGUUUGAGUAAAUUCCUGAAUUGAUGUUCCUACUCUACAUUGCAAUAAUUCCAAUGUACAAGAAUGAAAAGAAAAUAAUUUGUGGGUUUUCUGUGAAGUCUCUGUGUCUUGCUUGGUUUUGUUGGAUGUUCUUGGAUUGAAUUUCAACAUGUAGGAACCAAACACUGUAAGAUGUUAAAUUUAAAUCCUUAUUGUAAACACUUGGUUCAGUAUUUUCUUGCACCAACAUUUUUUAUGAUAUGAAUUUAUUUGUGGUGCAAGUCUUUAACAAAAGAAUAUAACAUGCAUUGUGGGAUUUUAAGCUGUUUUAUCAUCUUUAAAUAAAACGUUUGUUGUUCUGAAUUAGGGCUACAAAUUUGGCAUUUCUAUGUCUCUGGCCUGUCAGGCUGUUAAAUAGAAAAUCCUAUCCUGUAUUUACUUGCUUAAAAAAAAUCCUCUCCCAAUAAAAGUGAUAAUAGUUCAGUGAAACAUUACAAAAAAGAGGAAAUGAAACAGGCUGCUAACAUUAUAUUUUCUGAUAUGUCUAGAUAGUUAGCAGCUCAGCUGUAAAGAAAUGAAACUAUGGCUCUUUUUCUCCAUAUCUUAAAAUAUUCAUGCAAUCAUAAACAUGAUUAAACUGCAUCUCAGCACUAUUGUUUAAGACAUUUUCAUUUGCUUAAACACACAUAGAGUCAGGAGAAGUAAAGCAGGGAGGUUUAGAUUAGAGAUAAGAUUUAUCUUUUUAGGUUUAGCUAUGCAGCUCAAAGCAAGUACUGGGAUUUCGCCAAUAAGGUAUAAUGUAUGUUCAUGAAUGUAAUGUGUAAAAAUGCAUGCAAAUGUUGCUCUGGUCUUAUGUAAAAUUUGAGAAACUUAAUUACUACUAAAAGUGUCGUUUUCAGAACAAAACACACUCAUAAAAAACGGAGUCAACCAGGAAAAAGGCUCAGAGAAACCAUUCCUUCCCCCUCAUGUUUUCUCCCGCUCUUUCUCUGCGUGCCUCUGCGUCUUCAUGUGGUGUUCGGAGCCGCUGAGGAUGAGAGGCACCAUCAAGACUUUUCAAGGAUAUGCUUAAAAACACCUAACCACAUCCCAGUCUACACAUGAACUCUCAUGUACAAACAUUACAUUACAUUGCACACGCACACACACA